CAGCAUUUAGGAAGCGGGGGCUGCCAUGACCGAUGCCCUCUCCUCGGCGCGACCGCCCGGCCCCCGGGCCCGCCCCGCACCUGCGCCCUCUCAGCCGCGCUGCUCCCGGACACCGCUCCGCGCCUCUGCCGGCCGGGCGAGCGGGGCGAGGCGGGAGCAGAGGCGGCCUUUCCUGCCCAUCCGCGGCUCUCCGGCGUCAGCAGGAAACCCGGCGGCCGCCUGGCACCGCCACAAAAGGGGGCGGAGGAGGCGGUGGCGGGGGGAGGUACCUGGCGGCCGCCGCCGGGCAGCAGCUCUGCGACCGCGGGCACCUCGUGGGGACGGGCCGGGACGGCCACUGCCGGCACCGAGCGGGGCGGGGUACUACUAAAAAACUUGAAGUUAAAUUCAUCUUCAGAGCAAGUGAACGAGGGACAGUAAAUCAAUAAAUUAUGUGACCACAAAUUAGAGCAGGAAGAUACAACAAAACAGUGAGUAAUCCUCAUGUUGAGCAGUAUCUGUGCUGACACACUAAGCACCAUCUAUGCUACACUGUGAAAAAAGCAGAUCAUACAGGUUAAAAAG